AGCUUUGAUCUAGCAUAGUAGUUUCCAAGUGCCCAGUCGCAGAGCUGGAAUAUACUUGUAGAUUUAUAUACAUAUAUGUUGCCAAAUUUCGAAGUUAUUGCACCGAAUUGCACAAUGAUUGGGAUGGCUGACAGCGCGGAGGGGGUUACCCAGGAAGACAGCCACACGGAGUCGAGGGCAGACGGCAUCAGCGGGUCCUUGCGCUCCCUGGGCACAUAUACCCAGGAGUCCACAGAGCCGGCUUUGAGUCCGGCGGACCUUCCCGCCCGCAGCCGGAAGGCCUUUCUGCGGCACAUGAUCGGCCAGCUGGCGGAGCCCGUGCAGAACCGCAUACGGGCACUGCGGCACAAUCAGCUGCAACAGGUACGCAUUUCGGAGCAGUUCUUCCGGGAAGUCUACGAGCUGGAGCGACGUUUCUACGGCCAGAGCUGCGCGCUCUUCGAUGCGAGGCGGGAUAUUUUGGAGGGUUCGGUGGAGCCACCGAUCCAAACGGAGAAGACCUGGCCCGAGGACCCGCAGGAUGCUCUGUACCUGGACUUCGGGAACAACGAGGAGCUGCGACAGCUGAGGCAAAAACUGGCUCCGGUUUCGCCGACUACGCUGGGUGUUCCACGCUUUUGGCUGACAGUUUUCCAGAACGUGCCCCUGCUCUCGGAGUUGGUCCAGGAUCACGACGAGCCGCUUCUGGAGAGCCUAAUGGAUGUGCGCCUGGCUUACGACCAGGACAGCUACAUGGUCAUCUUUCAGUUUCGGCCCAAUAGCUUCCUGCACGAUUCCUCGCUGCUGCUCACGAAGCGCUACUUUCUGCAGCACUCGGCGGACCCGGAGUAUCCCUUUCUGUUCGAAGGGCCCGAAAUAGUUCGUUGCGAAGGCUGCCACAUCCACUGGCGCGAUGGCUCCAAUCUCACUCUCCAAACGGUGGAAAGCAGGCGAAGGAACAGAGCACACCGAGUCACCAAGGUCAUGCCUCGGGAGUCCUUCUUUCGCUUCUUUGCUCCGCCGCAGGCCUUGGACCUGUCGCUCGCGGAUGAAAAGACCAAGCUGAUCCUUGGCAACGAUUUCGAAGUGGGCUUCCUGCUACGCACCCAAAUCGUCCCGAAGGCGGUGCUCUUUUACACGGGCGACCUAGUUGACAGCCUGAGCGCGGCCUCUCCGGACAGUCGCUCCUUGUCCUCGGAGGCGGAACAGGAGCAGGUCUUGUGAGUGCGACGCGACUAGCUGUUUGCUAAACAAAAUUUACAAGUGAAUGUGGUAAUGAUUUCUUAUUAAAUUCUACAGUUCGGCCAAAGCCAGUUCAUCAC